AUGAGUGAACCACAAACAGAAAAAAUUGGAUGUAUUCCUGAAGCCACUAUUGCUGGUAUUCCUGUUGACAAAAGCCCUAUUGAUGAUUCAAAUAAUGUUGAACUUCCACCACCAGGAACAUCAGUUGUUGCUUUCAUUUCAAAGUUAUAUGAAUUAGUCAAUAAUCCAGAAACUCAAAACUUUAUUUGUUGGAGUAAUGAAUUUAAUAAAAAAGCUAUUAUGAUUCCUGAUCCUGUUGAGUUCUCAAAACAGAUAUUACCUAAAUUUUUCAAACAUUCUAAUAUUUGUUCGUUUGUUAGACAACUUAAUAUAUAUGGAUUUAGAAAGUUAGAAACUCAAACUGGAUUUUGUUUUCGACAUGAAAGUUUCAUUGCUGGUCAUCCUGAAUUACUUCCUAAUAUCCAACGAAAAAAACCAACUCCUCAUAGAAAAAAACAACCUGGUGAUGAUACUACUUCAUUGUAUCAAUAUUUACUCACACAACUCAUGCAAUUGCAAAAACAAAACGUAGAAACACAAACCCAAAUAAAUACACUAAAGGAAAUGCUUUAUCAAUUAAAAAUGAGAGAAGAUACCUUGGAAAUGAAAUUAUAUCGUCUUUCUGAAACAGUUAUGCCAAGCUUAAAUUAUGGUUCAAUGGCAUUCAAUCCUAGUCUUCUUCCUCAAAUGGUAAAUCAACAAAAUACAUCUUCUACUACAAUGUCAAAUGGAAAUGACGCAGCAAUGUCAAAUUUUAGUUCAUUGAUUAAUUUUUCUACUCAAAACGCAGUGCAACAACCCUCAAAUCAACAAACAGUACAUUCACAAACAUCACCUCAAAACAAUGGUCUUCAAACACCAAAUCAAACCCAACAAUUAGCUGCUGCUUUGUCUCAAUGGAACCAACAAAAAAAUUCAGAAGACCAACCACAACCUUCAUCAAAUCAACAAGGAGACUCGAAUGGGUUUGUCCAAUGGGAUUUUCAAUCCCAAAUUCCAUGGAAGUUUUAA